GUUACUUUUCUUCUUUAUUUCCGACUCAUUUCAUUUCUUCCUGCAAUUAUUCCCUGCUUUCCAUGGCUUCCUUCAUACCCAAUCUCGAUGCCGCCCCCGACACGUGUCCCGCGUUCAAACAGAGGAAACGAAGGAUAAUCGACAAAAAGCCUGCUUCCUCCCAUUCGCAUCAACGUAACCAAAGAAAUAAGCGAUGGCGAACGCAACGCGACCAGCACAUCUACUCCUCCAAGCUCAUUCAGGCCCUCCGUCGUUCUCGGAGUACCUCUGCCCCCAAGGAAAUCCACGACACUGCUGACAGAGUCCUCUCAGUUCUGGCCAGAGGAACCACGCGUUGGAGCAGAGCGAUCCUCACCGCUCGCAAGAUGUCGAAACAUAAGAAGGCCAAGGUCGUCGCCAAUACGAGGUUGAAGAAGCCGGCGAUUAACAGGGAGAAGAGGAAAACGCCUCUCGUUCAGAAGAAGUUAAAGGUCUUGGGACGUCUCGUUCCCGGUUGCCGGAAACUAUCCUUCACGAACCUUCUAGAGGAAACUAGCGAUUACAUAGCGGCUCUCGAGAUGCAAGUUCGGGCCAUGACGGCUAUCACCGAGUUUCUCGCCGGCGGCUAAUCGGUUUUCGUCUAAUGUCAACUCUUGAACAGGUGUUUAUUAUGAAAUUUUUUUGGAAACUGUUUUUUGAGUGAGAUUUUUAAAUUCCUGUAAUUUUGUGUAUACAUGACUUUUUCCUCUUUCUUUUU